GUGGCGUUGCAGACCCCCAGUCUGUUUUUGUUUACUUAAUAAAUAUGAUGCACGUGUAGUGUUUAAAUCCGUUCAGAGCGCUGGAAAUUUGGUUUGGAUCAUUCCGACUAAUUUCUUAAUUCGACAGGAAGUUCAUAAUGCAGUAAUUGGUCAAUAGCAGCUCGUUAUGAGGAGCAGUUCGUCCGUGUCUCUGGCUGCUGGUCACAGUUCGAGCUCGGUUCGGUUGAUCAGCCCGUUAGCCGCUGCUGUUGACGCUGCCAUUGAAUAUUUAAUGGUAAAGAAAGACUUUCAGGCUGCUCUGGACACGUCUGAGACAGGACUGGAGAGUUUGAGCUCUACUGGAGAACAGGAGGAGAGUUGCUUCAAGCAUGGAGAAUUGAAAGCAGCUUUGACUAUAGUGGGGAUUCAAGCAUUGGCUGAACUCAAUCAGUGGCAUGGAGUGCUAACAUGGGUUCUACAGCAAUAUGAACCAGAGAAAAUCCCUGCCAAAAUUAUCCAGAUGUGCAUUCUGCUUUAUGUGAAAGUUAAUGAUCGGUCAUUGAUGAAGGAUACAGUCUGUAAUUGGUUGCACUGCUCUGGGAACAUGAGCCAAACAGGGUUCAGCACUGUGGCUGAACUGUACCUCCAGCACAUACUGGUACCAAUGGGCCAAACAUCUGAAGCUCUUCAGUUUCUGGACAGUGAUGUGGGUCAAAUCGCCUUCACUGAGGAACAAAGACAGGCUGCCCAUAGUUUAGUGAACCUACAAAAUGAGACAAAUGCAACAUUGUCCAAUCCACAUCCUGAAUCUGUAGCGACAACUAGUGUUUCACAACAAGAUAUGUUGACGCAGCGGCUGAAUUCUGUAAUGAGGUUGUUUCAAAGAGGGUUCUCAGUAGCCAGAGCGAGAAUUAGAUCUAUCUCUUUGCGAAGAGUUUUCCUGGCUUUAUUACUGCUAUACCUGCUUCUUGUCCGUAUUGAUCCAGCUCUACCUUCAGCAUUCCCAUUAGUGCUCCACUUACAUGGACUUCUUCAGCAGACUUGGAACACCAUGUUUGGACCCUAUUACAGAGACAACGCCUGUAAUUAGGUAGGAUGGGGGAAACUAACGAAUUGGGUUCCUGUCCUGUCACUAAAUGAAACAAUGUCUGCAUCUACAAGAAAUUUUUAAUAAAUGCUCUACAGAUUUUUAAUUUGUGCAUUCGCUAAUUAUUUAUUAAUGAGUUUGAUCAAAGAUAGAUCUACGUCUAUAGUAGAACUCAAAGAUCAAACCCACUUUUAACCUUAUUAAAGUGAACUGUGUUUAUAUGUUAAUUUAUAUUAAUAAAAUGUGUAAAUGUAAUAAUUAUUAUUUUGUAUAUGAGUUUGCGUGGACGUUGUAGCUGCAGCAUAAAGUAACUGUAUGGCGAUGAGCAUAUGCUGUAGUUAUAAGUCAUGUUCACAAUAACCUUUAUGAUUAUGCGAGGAAUGGCAGGCAGUCGAGUUUGCCCCCCUAGGGUUAGAUGGUGCCCCUUUUGGGGGGUAGGUGAACCAUGCAGACUGUGUAAUAUACGUAUAAGGAGCGAAAGUAUCGGUCAGUAAUACUACACUGAAGAUGAAUAAUACCAGGAAAUGUAUUCAGGUGGUCCCGUACUACAUCCUUCACAGUUAUAAAUGUCAUUAAUAAAUAAUUUAAGCAAUAAAUGCUUUUUGAGUAAUUAAUAAUAAAAAGUGUAUAUCAUUUCUUAUAUGCUGAGAACUUUUCUGACUCAUGACUUAUCUUAUGUAUACAUCCGUGUUGGUUAUAUGUAUUUAUUUUUUUUCUUCACCUGUACUUCUUGUCUUUAAGAC